AUGGCAGAGGUGGUGGCCAAGAGGCAAAGGGCAGCGCUGGAGCUGCAGGGCCGCCUGGCCGCGCUCGAGGCCGCCGGCCCCGCCGCGCUGCUCGCCGCGCUCCAGCCCCGCGUCGAGCAGCUCUGCCGCGAGAAGCUGGGCGAAGGAUUAGCCAAGCUGCGCACGGCGAGAGAGGCCCCGUCGGACUGCAUGUGCCCCCCAGGUCCGCCGGGAAGGCGCGGGAAGCCGGGACGACGUGGAGAGCCUGGACCUGCAGGCCCUCUCGGGUUGGAUGGCAAGCCGGGGCCUCCAGGACCGAAAGGGGAGAAGGGUGAAGCAGGGGACAUCGGCCCAAGGAUGGUUUUCCCCCGCCUCAACCAUGGAUUUCUGGCUAAUGAUCAGCUUGUCUUUAGCCGACGGGUCCUCAAGGGCGACCAAGGUCGAGAUGGAGCCACUGGCCCCCCUGGCCCACCGGGACCCCCCGGUGCCCGGGGGCCUCCUGGUGAUAGAGGCAGAGAUGGCCCAAGAGGACCUCAAGGCCCCCUUGGUUUUAAAGGAGAGCCAGGAGAGGAUGGUCCCGUGGGUGCCAGGGGACCUCCAGGACCAAAGGGUGAGCCCGGCGUCCAGGGGAAACGGGGUGAUGAUGGGAUCCCAGGGGAGCCAGGACUUGCGGGUGCCAAGGGAGAGAAAGGAAGCCCUGGUCCAGUGGGAGAGAAUGGCACGGAUGGUUUACCAGGAGCCAAGGGUGAACCUGGGGAGAAGGGAGGGAUCGGCUCCAUUGGACCACGGGGUCCGCCGGGGCUGAAGGGCGAGCAGGGCGACACGGUGGUGAUCGACUACGACGGCCGCAUCCAGGACGCGCUCAAGGUGAGCCCGGCCGCGGGGUCCCCUUGGACAGGCGGUCGCCCCGUGGGGGGCUCGCCGGGACCGCCGGGGCCACCGGGACCCCCCGGCGCGCCAGGGCCCAAGGGAGAGCUGGGGCUGCCCGGGCCGCCCGGACUCGACGGUGAAAAGGGUCCCAAAGGAGCCAAAGGUGACCAAGGAAGCGCAGGGAUAAUGGGACCGAAAGGCGAGACGGGAGAAAUGGGUUUAUCUGGUCCCCCGGGAGCUGACGGAGCAAGAGGAGAGAAAGGAGAGAAAGGAGAGACGGGAUCCCCGUGUUUGCAGAAUAACCACAUCAUCCCAGAGCCGGGACCUCCUGGACUGCCCGGCCCCAUGGGUCCUCCCGGAAUCCAGGGACCUAAAGGCUUGGAUGGUGCCAAGGGAGAGAAAGGCGACAGCGGUGAGAAAGGGGAGCGUGGUGACGCUGGGCCAGCCGGUCUCCCUGGUGCUCCAGGACUUAUCGGUUUGCCCGGCACCAAAGGCGAGAAGGGAAAGCCGGGAGAGCCAGGAUUAGACGGCUUCCCGGGCCUACGAGGAGAGAAAGGAGAAAGAAGUGAGAGAGGGGAGAAGGGCGAGCGAGGAAUUCCAGGGAGGAAAGGAGCCAAAGGGCAGAAAGGGGAGCCGGGCCCUCCGGGGCUGGACCAGCCGUGUCCGGUGGGAGGUCGUAAUGCUGAAGGCAACCGAGGGGAGCCAGGUCUGCCAGGCCUGGCUGGUGUGAGCGUGCCCUGCUCUUUGGGACCAGAUGGACUGCCAGUAGCAGGAUGUUGGCACAAGGUACGGUAA